GGAUUUGUAAAAAAUAAACUUAAAAGUGUGAUACGAAUGCUCUCGACCGUGCGUACGCACUCUUUUUGAGCGGAGUGAAAGAACACAAACUCUGUUCUGUACAUAUGUACAUAAUAUUCUCAUUAUUUUUUAACACAUCUAUAGUUAUGCGCUGGGACAGUGUUAGACCCUUCUGACUCCACACAGAAACAGCAACGCGUGCGGCAUGACAUAAGGAACAUCCUGGAUCUGUUUUUUUCGUUCUUCUUUAUUCUUUUUUUAUGUAUAAUAGAAGUAUUGGAUCAGGACUCUGUAUCGGUAGUUCAAAUGAAAAUGAAUCGUACUCGAGGGCAAAAGAACCCUGAUCGGGACAUCGCUAGUUAAUAUUGACAUAAAAGACAGGAAAACUACAAUUACAGUUUCAAAAAUGAUUGGUUUUAUGUUUUUACUGUCAUAUUGUUUAUAAUGAUUUUCUCUUUUCAGACCUAAUGAAGCCAAAAGAAGAAAUCACAAAUGCAAGAGAACAAACAGAUCAAGAUCAGAAAGCGGUAAAGGAGGAAAUUUCACAACUCAAUGAAAUGGAGGAGAAACCUCAUCAUUUGAUACCCAAAGAAGAGUCUCUGAGCUGCCCGAUUACUGUGAGGAAUUUGUCACCUAAAAGAAAAAACAAGCAAAAGGCAACAGCCAAGGAUGCUCUUACUUGUCCUCAGUGUGGAAAGACCUUCACAUAUAAAUAUAUGCUUAAUAAUCACAUGAGACUUCACACUGGAGAAAAACCCUACAGAUGUGAUCAGUGUGAAAAAACCUUCAAUCGCAAGUUUUCCCUUAUUAUUCACAUGAGACUUCACAUUGGAGAAAGGCCUUACAGAUGUGAUCAGUGUGGAAAGACCUUCAAAAGAAAAUCAUAUUUAAGCGAGCACACAAAAAUUCACACUGGAGAAAAGCCUUACAGAUGUGAUCAAUGUGGAAAGAGUUUUAUUCGUAGGUUUAAUCUUAACGGGCACAUAAGAAUUCACACUGGAGAAAAGCCUUAUAGCUGUGAUCAGUGUGGAAAGACCUUCAAUAGAAAAUUGCAUUUAAGUGAGCACACAAGAAUUCACACUGGAGAAAAGCCUUACAGAUGUGAUCAAUGUGGAAAGAGUUAUGUUCGUAGGUUCGAUCUCAACGGGCACAUAAGAAUUCACACUGGAGAAAAACCUUAUAGCUGUGAUCAGUGUGAAAAGAGUUUCGUUCGUAAGACUGACCUUAAUCAGCACAUAAAAAUUCACACUGGAGAAAAGCCUUACAGAUGUGAUCAGUGUGGAAAGAGUUAUGUUCGUAAGAGCGAUCUCAACGGGCACAUGAGUAUUCACACUGGAAAAUGGCCUUACAGCUGUGAUCAAUGUGGAAAGAACUUAAGGAAUAAAGCCCACCUUAAAGAACACAUGAGCAUUCACACUGGAGUAAAACCUCACAGCUGUGAUCAGUGUGGAAAGAGCUUCAGUCGUAAGAUUGAUCUCAAAAGGCACAUGACAAUUCACACUAAAGAAAGGCCUUAAAAUGUCCCUACUAUGGUGAUUUUUGUAAUUUAAGAGUUCAGAUGCAAAGAGCACUAAAUGAGAAAACUUUUGCUUCAAAUUCGUUUAAUCCCAGCCUCAGGCUGUUCAGAAAUACCAGUUUGUUGACAGAAUUCAUUAAGAGUCUCAUAGAAAUUUCACAUCAGGGCAGUUCUAGACCCUUUUUAGGGGGGCUUCAGCCACCUUGUCUGUCAUCUUAGCCACUCUACAAUUAUUAAAUCUAUCAAACUAUCA